AUGUCAACAAACCCUCAUCCUGUAACUAAGAAAAGAAAAAACCCCACAACCUGCUCACCUGUUUCAGCAGAACCAGCGGCAGAAGCCUCUCAAGAACGUUCAUCUACCGAUCUAGCGCACUUGUUAGAUGGUGUGGACAAUACAAAUGGAGACCCGCUGUCGAAUGACAUGAACAUCGAUGAUGAAGCAGAUAAGGCAUCUUCCACUUCUGACCAAAGGAAAGCUGUUGAUGCCGACGGUUCAGGUGCAGACGGCGAGGAGUCAGGUGAGGCAGGGCAAGACGUAGCAGGUGAACUACUCGUGCAAGAAGAUGGCCAGACAUCCGACCAUCCAGACAAUGUUGAUAAAGUGUCGAGAGAAACUCAUCACGGCGACGGUUUUCACGACGAACAAGCAGAAUUACACCCAGACGAGGAGACUGGUGACGUUCCUUCUGAGACACACCAAAAGGAGCCACACCAAGAGGAGGAGACUGGUGACAUUCCUUCUGAGACACACCAAAAGGAGGAGACUGGUGACAUUCCUUCUGAGACACACCAAGAGGAGGAGACUGGUGACAUUCCUUCUGAGACACACCAAGAGGAGGAGACUGGUGACAUUCCUUCUGAGACACACCAAGAGGAGGAGACUGGUGACAUUCCUUCUGAGACACACCAAGAGGAGGCACACCAAAAGGAGGAGACUGGUGACAUUCCUUCUGAGACACACCAAGAGGAGGCACACCAAAAGGAGGAGACUGCUGACAUUCCUUCUGAGACACACCAAGAGGAGGAGACUGACACACCAAGAGGAGAGACUGGUGACAUUCCUUCUGAGACACACCAAGAGGAGGCACACCAAAAGGAGGAGACUGCUGACAUUCCUUCUGAGACACACCAAGAGGAGGAGACUGGUGACAUUCCUUCUGAGACACACCAAGAGGAGGCACACCAAAAGGAGGAGACUGGUGACAUUCCUUCUGAGACACACCAAGAGGAGGAGACUAGUGACGUUCCUUCUGAGACACACCAAGAGGAGGAGACUGGUGACAUUCCUUCUGAGACACACCAAGAGGAGGAGACUGGUGACAUUCCUUCUGAGACACACCAAGAGGAGGAGACUAGUGACGUUCCUUCUGAGACACACCAAGAGGAGGAGACUGGUGACAUUCCUUCUGAGACACACCAAGAGGAGGCACACCAAAAGGAGGAGACUGGUGACAUUCCUUCUGAGACACACCAAGAGGAGGAGACUGGUGACAUUCCUUCUGAGGCACACCAAGAGGAGGAGACUGGUGACAUUCCUUCUGAGACACACCAAGAGGAGGCACACCAAAAGGAGGAGACUGGUGACAUUCCUUCUGAGACACACCAAGAGGAGGAGACUAGUGACGUUCCUUCUGAGAUACACCAAGAGGAGCCACACCAAGAGGAGGAGACUGGUGACGUUCCUUCUGAGGCACACCAAGAGGAGGAGACUAGUGACGUUCCUUCUGAGGCACACCAAGAGGAGGAGACUAGUGACGUUCCUUCUGAGGCACACCAAGAGGAGCCACACCAAGAGGAGGAGACUGGUGAUGGUGAGACAGACAAGGACACUCAGUCAGAGAGAGUUCAGGACGAUAGCGUCCUAAUAGAAGGACCCAAGGAAGAGGAACCACACCAAGUAGAGAAUAAUGCCAAGAUCCACUUAGAAACUUAUCAAGAAGAGGAUAAUACUGAAAUACAGCCAGAACCUAACAAAGAAGACGAUAAUGCCGAAAUACAUGCAGAACCCCGCCAGGAAGAGGAGAAUGCCGAAAUGGAAUCAGAAACCCAUCAAGAAAAGGAUAAUGCCGAAAUACAGGAAGAAACUCAAAAAGAAGAGGAUAAUGCAGAAAUACAGGCAGAAGAACCUCAACAAGAAGAGAAUAAUGCCGAAAUACAGGAGGAAUCCCACCAAGAAGAGGUUAAUGCCGAAAUCCAAUUAGAACCCCAUCAAGAAGAAGAUAAUGCCGAAAUACAGGGAGAAGAACCCCAUCAAGAAGAGGAUAAUGCCGAGAUACAGGGAGAAGAACCUCAAGAAGUAGAGGAUAAUGCCGAAAUACAGGCAGAAGAACCCCAACAAGAAGAGGAUAACGCCGAAAUACAGGGAGAAGAACCCCAUCAAGAAGAAAACAAUGCCGAAAUACAGGCAGAAGAAACCCAACAAGAAGAGAAUAAUGAAGAUAUGCAGGAAGAAUCCAAUCAAGAAGAGAAUAAUGCCGAAAUACAGGCAGAAGAACCCCAACAAGAAGAGAAUAAUGCCGAAAUACAGGCAGAACCCCACCAAGGAGAGGAUAAUUCCCAAAUCCAAUUAGAAAAUCAUCAAGAAGAGGAUAAUGCCGAAAUUCAGGCAGAAGAACCUCAACAAGAAGAAAACAAUGCCGAAAUCCAAUUAGAAACCCAUCAAGAAGAGGAUAAUGCCGAAAUACAGGCAGAAAAACCUCAACAAAAAGAGGAUAAUGCCGAAAUGCAGGUCGAAGAACCUCAACAAGAAGAGGAUAAUGCCGAAAUACAGGCAGAAUUACAUCAAGAAGAGGAUAAUGCCGAAAUAAAUGCAGAAGAACCUCAAGAAGAAGACAAAAAUGCCGAAAUUCAAUUAGAAACCCAUCAAGAAGAGGAUAAUGCCGAAAUACAGCCAGAACCCCACAAAGAAGAGGAUAAUGCCCAAAUCCAAUUAGAACCUCACCAAGAAGAGCAAAUACCAACUAACCAGGAAGAAGAUAAUGAUGUACAGACAGAAAACUUCAACGAUGGCGACAAAGCCGAAGUUCUUCAAGAAGAAGCAGAAAGCCUUCGAGAAGACAUUUGUGUAGAAGAAUCAUCUGAAGUUAAUGCGCCAGAGUUGGGCACUCAGUCCAUCUUUGACGAAGAGACAGGGGAAGGGGUCGUUGACAGCUCAAGCCAAGAAGGCAUGAGCAGACUUCAAGAAGCAGACGAUGAAGGCGUUUCCGCAGGGAUCGCAGAAGAGAAGGAAGUAGAGCAAGAUAACAGAGGUCAGGGAGUUUCUGCCAACGAAGUUCAGUCGUCUGAAGGGUUGGAUGCAGCAGACAUCCAAGAGAGAAACAAUGAGGCACUGCAGACAGACAAUAAACUCCAGUGUGAAGAAUCACAAAACAUUUAUGAAAGUGAGACAGUCACCGAACCAACACCUGGAUCUGGUGAUUCCUACCCUGAACCAGACGAGACCGAGCGAAUGGUUGGUGAAGAGUGCCAGAAUGAGGCGUUGCCUGAGGCCUCUCCAACGCAGGAAAACCAAGAAAGCUACUUGGAGGACAAAAUGGAAGAGAACUGUGAAGGGAUAUCACAGUCGCUACCAGCCGAAGGACAAGAAUGCCUAGCAUCAAGCACUGAGAAUGAGGGCAGCCAGCAAUCACCUUUGAGAGAGACGUGUGGGGAGGAUAACAUGGAGGUUCAGGGAAUUGGGGAACACGACACUGAAGGUAAGAAAGAGGAUGAACUCGCGAAUCCCACUCAAUCUGAUGAAGAUCAGGGCCAUGACAUACAGCGAGAACAAGAGACGGCCGAGUCUUGUGAUGAAGAGCGACUAAAGGAUGAGCAGAAACUGGACGAGGGGAACAUUGAUGGAGACUUGCAGUCAGAAGGUUUGGUGGUAAAUUCGAAGGCUGAGACAGAAAACCUGGUCACCCUUGAGGUAUCACAGGUUAGUUCCGAGCCACAGAAACAGUGUUCAGUUGAAAAUGACAGAGUCGCAUCCUCUGGACGGUCUUCAGACACGAAAUUUGCACAAAGGCAUGUACGGUCUCGCGAAAAAGUUCCAAAGAGAUCCCCGUCAGGACGAAGGCAAAGAGACGAGCCCACCGUCAGAAGACGACAGGAUCCCACGAACUCCACCAGCAGCACCAGAUCCCAACACCUCGCACCUAGUUCUGUGGUGACUGACGUAGACACGACAACAUCAUCAACAACGGAGAACUCGCGGCCCAAGACGAGCCCAGCAGCAACAGAUACUACGCCCCAGACGACUCGUCGUCUCCACAAGAGAGAGGCCAGUCGACCAAUCAGCAGAAGCGUUACUGAUCACGGACCAGCGCAUGUCCAGAGCCAAUCAUCGUGCCGAUUGCGACGACCUCGCACAACCUACACUUGCCGCCCGUCCUGUCUGUCAGGUGACUGCGAUUGCCAUUCAAAGCAAACAAGCAAAAAAAGAAAAAAAAUACUGGUGACCUUUGCAUGCAGGUCAAUUCAUAAUUUUUAAAGAUAUAUUUAUAAAUUUACUUAUUUUUUGCUAUCUUAAACGUGUUCAAAGACUCCUUUCAGGAUUUGAGAUAUCAUUUGUCUCGCUUUACGACAUCCCGAGAUAUAUGAUCAGACCUCUUUGAAAAUAAAUUGCUAUGGACUGAGAGUAGAAGGAACUGUUAUGAUAGCAGUAAAGAUUGCAACAAAGGUUCAACUGCUGCGAUUACAAUAACUUUUUAAAUAUUGUGUCAAGAGAGGAUUGACUGCCUUCCUUGCAGUAAAUGUUGUAUCAGUAAAAGCUAGAAUUUCCUAACAGCAGCACAGAUUGUGUCAAUGAUUCAUGGUUUCAUGGUUAGUGCGCUUGACUUCCUGUUCAGUCAGCAGUGAAUAAGUCCCUGAAUAAUAAAUGAAAGGCGAUGGAAGAGAUUAUCUAUCCUUCUUGAAUAAACCAACCCCUUGAUACUAAACCACUCUUCUCCCUUCUCCCUACAAUUACAAGGAGAUAAAAUUUUAAAUUAUCCUCAUCUUGAAAAUAAUGAAGACGAUCUGUAAUAAUGAAGACGAUCACCAUCUGUAUCUCACACCCACACUAUAACAUAUCAUUUAAUAAAAUUAAUUGAAGAAAUGAUUAUCUGAAUAAUCAUUUUUUUCUUCAACUGGUUCACGAAGAAAAAUUACAAAACGAAGUCAUAACAAUUGCUCUGUUGCAAAAUAUUGGACAGGCUGCCAUCUUUGCACGUUCUUUCCGACUACGAUCUUGAAAAGGGUUUCAGUCGGUGUGU